GCACCUGUGUCGAUGUGUCAGAGAAAUUUUAUACUAUAUUGGAUUUUAUAUGACGUUACAGUCAAACAGUGAGAUGUAAUUAUAGGAGUGGCAUUUACGAAUUAAUUGUAAUAGAUAGUAGUGUUGUAGGGAACGUGAUCAUUCUAAUUACGGAUGUUUAAACUUGGAAUGUUCAAUGGCUGUGAAUAUGGAAGUAGAAAAGAGCACAUCCAAAGAGAUUGACACUCAACUUUCGGCAAAUAAUUCGGUGGAGUUUAAUAACGGUAUCCAAAAUAACAACGAAAAUAUUAAAGAUGUUGAUGAUUCAUUGUCGUCUCUAAAAAAUAUAACGAUUCGUAGCGAAAAACGUGACGGUACUAUAUACGCGCAACUUGAAAAUUCUCAAAUUUAUGCGAAAAAUUUAGAACAUAAUCGAGUGUCUAAAAAUAAAGAAGGGGAAAAAGAUCAGGAAGAUAAAGAAAAACAAUUAUUAGAAGAUGAGAAAGUUUUAAAGGAUGAUUGUAAGACUGAACAACUAGAAGCCACAUCUGAAAAUGCCACUGAUGGUUAUGCAUCUCAAGCCCCGUUAGCUUUUACAAUUGAUUUUGGCAACAAGGAAGUUGAUACAACUAAAUACCAAAACUUAUUUGAAAGAUAUAAUGCUAGGCAUAAACGAAAUUUGUCCACAUCUAAGGUAGAAAUAAAUACAAAAAAGCCUGGUACUUUGGUUUCUCCAAACUUAGUGCAAAAGCAAAAAGUUUCUAGUACACAUUCUGAAGGUUAUUUCAGUAGUGAGGAUGAUACAAAACGAAAAACAGAUCAGUUAUCAGAGAAACUGAAACAGCUAGGUUCAAAAUCGCUUUUAAAACCAUCCAGUACUUCAAAAAAAUCUGAAUCUAAUGUGAAAGUAGCAAAUUUUCAAGAUAAACAAGACUCAAUGAGUAAAUCCUUUGAACAGUCAAAACAAAGUAAACUUCCCUAUAAAAAUCUUUCUUUAGAACUUAGUUAUGCAGAUAAAACAAGUGCAACAUCAUACUGGGUACCUCAAAAAUCUGCUACUAUAAAUGAUUUAAGUCGAAUUCAAGUGAAUAAUUAUGAUGAUGAUGCUGAAAAGUUGUAUACAAAAAAUAUAGAUCCAGAAGAUGAAUAUGAACAUUCAUCUGACAAUGUGUCUGAAAAAGUGUCUAACAUAAAUUACAUUAGAAAUAAAAGCAUAAAUGUAAAAGAACACAAUUUAUCUAGUAUUAGUUAUACAAUGGAAGUAAACCCAGAUGACCCAGCUGAAACAGAUCUAGAUGCUUUAACUGUUAGUAAUCUUGAUGGGGGAUCAGAUGGUGCAGUUAGUGAAGCAGGCACAUAUACAAUUCAUAAAGAUUACACUGAUGAAGAGAAAGCAAGAAUGGAUAUUGAUAAAGUAUUUAAUGUUGGUGUUUUAACUGAGGAGGAUGAUAGCAAUGAAGCAUGUAUUCGUAGCUUCAAGAUGAGUGUGUCAAGAGAUAACAGCACAUGGAUAUCACAAUGGGCUACUCAAGUAGCAGAACAUAAUUCUCUUCCACCAGCAAUUGGUGGACCAACUGGUCGUACUCCUCCAUUGAGUCCUUCCAAAAUACCGUCUCCUAUUCAUACUAGAUCUCAAAGACUGGCUCGAAGUCGCAAUGAACAAAGUGACGGUAAUUUAGAUGCGGAAUCAUAUUUGCGAACAAAAGAAAGAAUUACCUUAAUUUCAAAUCAACAAAUACUUAUUGAUUCUGGUGGAGAAUCAGAUGAUGACACUAGCAACAGUUAUAAUACACCUCCACAGAGUUCACAAAGGACACCAGUACAUGGUAUGUUGGCAAGGAGGGGAAGUUUAUCUGAAUCUCUUUUUAGAAGAAUUAAUACCAGUGAAAAUAGAAGAAGUAUUCGCAAAUAUUUAAGUUCAAGUAAAUCAAAGACUGAAGAUACACCCACAGAAUUAAGUAGUCCGUCCAAAGAUUUUACUUCCCUUCAUUCAGGAAGACGAAGUAGUUCCUUGGACAGGAGAGAGUAUACAUCUAAUACAUCAGAAUGUAAUACGUCCAGAAGAGGUAGUACGAAAUAUUAUCAAGAUGAUGAGAUUAAGUAUCCAAAUAGUCCUGUUUUAAGUCAUCUCAGACCAUCUACACCAAAAUUAACUAACAGUCCAAUCGUAACUCGUAAAACAGUUACAAAAAUUGUUAAUUCUCCAGUGUUAGAGAGAACUAAACAUUUGGCAAAAUCUUCGCCACAAGCCAAAAAUAUUGGAUAUUUUACUUGUGUUGAAAAUAGUCCAUAUAUGUUAAGAAAAUCCAACAGUACUACAAGUUACCAUGAAGGAAAUGUUGGCUUUAAUACAACAACUGACAGUGUUCUUCAAAAUAGUCCAAAUCUUAAGCAUAAUCUAAAUAUCCAAAGAUCAUGUAGUAAUGCAAAUAUUAGAAAUGUAAAACCACAAAGCCAGUCAUCACGUCGUAGUAGCUUUAACAGUAGUGAUAUUGAUAGAACAUCCUCAGGAGGAAGAUAUCUUGCUGCCUCUGACAGUAGUAGUGAAACUGGUGAACAGCAAGUAAAGUCUUCAUUAGGUUCAAUGUCUUCUGGAAUUAAAUUAAAUCGAGCUUUUAGUAUAAGGAGAGCUAGAUUAAAUUGCGAAUCUGAUACAACUCCAAACACAACUCCUGAAGAAAGGCGUAGAAGAGCACAAAGUGAAGUAAAACCAACGCUUAAUAAGCAACAAAAUUAUCACCGAAGUCGUGCGGGUAAUAUGAAUGUAUAUAAUAAAGAAUCCUUAAAAAAGUCAGAACCUACAAAACCGAGGGCUGCAUCUAUAUCAAGAACAGAUAGUACCAGAAUUAGUAUGAGAGCACCAAAAUCAUCAUAUCAUGCUCCAGUUACUCAACGAUCUACUCAAAAAGUAAAUAAAGAUCAGAAGAAAUCUGGAAGAAGUAAUUCAACAUUGACAUCAAAAGAAGUGGAAUUUCAAAAUUGGAAAAGAAGAAAAAGUUAUGAUCCAAUGAAAGCAGCUGCUGAAGGUAGAAAAAAGUUAAUAGAUAAUUCAAAGAAACAUCAUAGCACAGAAGAUAGUUCAGGAAAUCACGAUAAUUCUGUAUUACGAUCGGCUAGUUUCCACGGAACAGGUGCUGCUCUUUCAUUAGCUAAUGAGUGGUCUGACAACGAAUUGAGUAUUGCUCAGAAUGACAAUCAGGUACCUCCACCAUGUAGUCCACAAUUGGAAAGCGAUAGUGACAUAGAAACUUCUUAUUACUUACAAACGACACAGAAUGUAGUAUCAGCUAUGUCAGCUCGUAUUACGGUCUGUCAUUCACCUUUAGUAGAUUCAGAUAAUGAUAGCGAUGAAGACACUAGUCAUAGUUUACAUAAAAGUAUAUCGAAAACAUUACAUCAACCUAGCGAUACAGAGAGUAGUGACGAUCGUCGUCCUAAUGCACAGGGUGCUAUUUCAAAUACUAAAUAUAAUCGAGCGUUUAGUUUACGCAGAGGGAGAUUAGAUUUACAACCAACAAAACUACCAACAAAUAUAAAUAAAAAUAAAUCAGUCACAAGUGAUACCCGAGGAAAAUCCGACUCUGUUUUAAGUAUUAGCAGAACUGAUUCUGGGCGCUUUAGUAUGCGAUCCAACAGAACUUCAAAUACUGGAUCUAAGAUAAAACCAAAAGAAACAAAAAAACUUACAACGCCAAACGCAAGAGAGGUUGAAAUGCAAAAUUGGAAACGUCGUAAGAGUUAUGAUCCCAUGAAAGCAGCAAUGGAAGGAAAAAGAAAAGCAGGUUUGGCAAAGAAAAAUACGAAUGCCAGCCUUUCUCCGAGCCAUGUUGCAAGAUCACGUAGUUUCCAUGGUUCUUCAGGAUUUGGAGUUAGUGAUUGGAGUGAUGAAGAGUUAGCUAUAUCUGCAGAUGAAACUACAAUUUAUUAA